AUGGAGAUGGAUUUGUUUGUAACUCCAGAGAAGCAGAGACAUCAUCCUGUAGUGAGCUUGGAGAAAACUCCAGCGAGAAGGAAGUUGAUAGUUGAUGAAGAUAACGAAAUUGGAUCAGAGAAGAAAGGGCAAUCAAGAACUGCUGGAGGCGGACUUCGCCAAUUUAGCGUUAUGGUUUGUCAGAAGUUGGAAGCUAAGAAGAUAACUACAUACAAGGAGGUUGCGGAUGAAAUAAUAUCAGAUUUUGCCACGAUUAAGCAAAACGCAGAGAAGCCUUUGAAUGAGAACGAGUAUAAUGAGAAGAACAUAAGGCGGAGAGUCUAUGAUGCACUCAAUGUGUUCAUGGCGUUGGAUAUUAUUGCAAGAGAUAAAAAGGAAAUCCGGUGGAAAGGACUUCCUAUUACCUGCAAGAAGGAUGUGGAAGAAGUUAAGAUGGAUCGAAAUAAGGUUAUGAAUAGUGUGCAAAAGAAGGCUGCUUUUCUUAAAGAGUUGAGAGAAAAGGUCUCAAGUCUUGAGAAUCUUAUGUCGAGAAAUCAGGAGAUGGUUGUGAAGACUAAAGGCCCAGCAGAAGGAUUUACCUUACCAUUCAUUCUACUUGAGACAAAUCCUCAUGCAGUAGUCGAAAUCGAGAUUUCAGAAGAUAUGCAACUUGUACACCUCGACUUCAAUAGCACGCCUUUCACGGUCCAUGACGAUGCUUACAUAUUGAAACUGAUGCAAGAACAGAAGCAACAACAAAACAGAGUCUCUUCUUCAUCUUCCACACAUCAUCAAUCUCAACAUUCCUCUGCUCACUCUUCCUCGAGUUCUUGCAUUGCUUCAGGAACGUCAGGCCCGGUUUGCUGGAACUCGGGAUCCAUUGAUACUCGCUGA